AUGGCGUCGUCGGGGUCUGGUCCAGUCUGUGCCGCAGAUGGGAGUCUGGACUUUGGCGGCGCCGAACGGGAACGAAACCUUGUAGAACAAAUCCUCGCCGACGAUUAUGAGGGCCUGGAUCCGAUUGUACUACGGCAGAGUAUAUCAGCACUCAGGUCUCGUGGCGCACAUCGAUGUUGGCACAAGCAUUCGACUUUUUUGGAGCAUUUGCUGAGUGUGCACAAUAUACUGAGGCUUUGGGGCCAGGGUCGUACGAUUGGACGGGUUGGACUAUUCCAUUCGGCGUAUUCGAAUUCCUACGUGAAUCUGGCGCUUUUUGAUCCAGCAAUUGAACGAGGAAUGAUGAAAACUUUGAUUGGCGAAGAUGCGGAAGUCUUAGUACACCUGUUUUGUAUCAUUGAUCGUCAGCAAGUAGUUGUGAAUACGUUGUUGGCACAGGGCUUUAUACCAAAACAAGGCUUGACCGUUCCUCAUUUGCGGGACUCUUCGAAAAGCGUUUUCCUGAAUAGCGAGACGCUCCGUAUGCUAGUCGUGUUUACGAUGGCUGACAUUGCGGACCAGUACUUUGGCUGGCAGGAUACUUUAUUUGGAGGAGGUGGACAGGAAGGGAGCAUGAUUAUUCCUGGGAAAGACGAUGUAGCGCGUCAUGAUACGACGGCACUCUGGCCAGGAGUCUCUAAGCCGGGGUUGUGGAUGAGCUACUUGUCGCAGCUAGCGGAAGUUGCACGAACCUUCGUGCCAUCUACACAAGACGUCAAUCGGAGUGCCGACGAGGAUCGGACCGCGGACUUUCCUCCAGUCUUUGCAAAUGGCACCCAGUCACUUUCAGUAAGCGACGAAGUUGCUGCUAGGGAUUUUUACUGGUCAGUCGUAUCUGGCGAAGUCACUGAUAACGCAGAGGCAAUUGAGGUACUGCAGCUCUGUGUGAAAAUGAACCCAUGGGCGUUUGAACCACUCGUGAUUCUAGCCCAGAAGCACCUACACACCGGUAAUUUUGAUAGCGCUUUGAACACCACUUACCGAGCGCUAGAUCUUCAGCAUCAGUGGGGAACAGCUUGGGACAAACGUCUUUCGUUUGGUGCUUGGGUUGCGUGGACCCGUGUUUUGAUGCAGCGCGCUCGAGAUCGGCAAUCCUGGCCCACGAACUCAUGGGAUAUAAACAACCUCGGCUUGGUUCGUUGA